AUGUUCACGCUUAUUGUCAUGUUAUUAUUUAAAAUUGUUGUUUCAUUUUUGUGUUCACCUGGAUGCAAGAGUGGAUGUAUUGCUGACUACACAUGUUUAGGUAAUUGCAGUGAAUUAUAUGAACAAGACACAUCUUGUCAGUACUGUCAAUUUACAAAUCCAUAUGAUGGGAAUGAUGUAACUUUCUUAAUGAGGGAUGGAGUCUGCUACAAGAACACCAAUGUUGUUGAGACGAUUGAAUGGCUUCCAAAGGAAAUUAAUAUUUCUGAGAUGACAAAAGAUGAAACUUACACGUUUAGAAUAACCAAAACGGGGACUGCAGACCACAGUCCGUGUUAUUACAAACAAAAAUAUCGACUUGCACGGUGGUUUAAAAUUAACUUGAACCAAUUUACAGAAGAUCACUUCCUUAUUCACUUGUCUAAACCAAAUAAAGACAAUGUGACUCUAUUCUUCGAUGGCACAAAUUCCCAGAGAUCUGAUGUCACUGCAAAAUGCUCAAUUCAUGUUGCUAUUAACGACACAGACACUUCAGUGGAAAUCAGAGCUCCAAUAGUUCGUCCAACGAAUACUGUUGAAGGGAGUGAUGUUUUCUACUACUUUUUUGCCAGUGUUGACGAUUACUACGAAGUUGAUGUGUCCGUCACUGUUAGUGAAGCGAAUGGGGUAUUGUGGGACCCUUACUUUAACAUCACUCAAAAAGAGAUCGACCCACUCUUAAAAGACUUAAAUGCAACAGCAAGUUACACCGUUCCAUUCGAGUCUUCAGGACAUUAUGGGUACUUACCCUGUUUCACAGACUUCUAUGCUAAAGUAGUCAUCUUCACAGCUUCAUUUUUCGGUGAGUACUCCAUGAGAUUUGACUCGAGGGCAAACAACAGAGUCAACCACCUUGUCGAGUUUUCAGUCGAAGAAGGUGCCAAUGGCGAGCUCACAUACAAAUGCAUAAAAGGAUAUGAAGGAGUACCUAUUGGGGCACUUGCGGAAUACGAGAACAGUGGGUUUGUGGCCAAAAUCAAAGGAGAUGUUGAAGGGACAAGGAACUUUGCCGUUGCUUCUGAAGACCCUCGAAGUAACAUUCAGCUUGAAAUCACGGCACUUUGUAUCAACGACUGUCACUAUUUAGAAGGACAUGGGAAAUGUCUUACAACUGAUGGCAUCUGUAAGUGUGAAGAUAAAUAUGGAGGUGAAGAUUGUCGAUUAAAAUGUUAUUACGAAGGGCAGUGGUUGGUCCCUGAGAAGAGCAAUUUGUGUUACUUUGGAUCCCAAAAUUGUGACGACGACUGUCUCUGCAAGAACGGAGAAUUAGUCAUCAACCAUUUGUGCACGACAGAACAAUGCAGAGAUGGAGGAAUGGGGGACGGGGAUGAGUGUCCUGCUGAAGCCGAAGGGUGUUCGCCCAAUUGCAUGUGUUUCGCAGAAAAUGGGUAUAAUGCUGACGGUCGAGGCAAAUGCAUCAAUCGGUUAUGUGGCAAUAGAAAGAUAGAUACGUACUAUGAAGGCUCCAAAUUUAUUCGAACGGAAGAGUGUGACUCAGGAACUAAUUGUGAUUCGCAAUGUCGAUGUGUUGAAGGCUUUGUGCCGGACCCCACAGAUCCUUUAAGUUGUGUAGUUAAGUCGAUAUCAAGUGGUGCGAUAGCUGGAAUAGUUGUAACCAGUGUGAUAGUCUUUAUCUUUAUUCUUGGGCUAAUUUCAUUGUUACUGUACUUUGCACUUCGAUACAAAAAGGCAGACGUCUCUAUCUAUAAACAACAGCAACCCACAUAUCACUUUUAUAUCACUGGAUCAAAGAGAGACGUUCCUUCAAAACAGUCUGGCUAUUACAUAGACCCAGUCAAUCUUGAUUAUGGAAAUACCAAUCAAGCAACUGAAAUCUUCGACACGCGAUUCGAGAGAAUGGAAGUUAAGAACUUUAGUAAGAACAAAUACUUGAUGAUCAUAUUCCACACCCCUAAUAGCCCUAAAUACGUCUUCUAUUUCGACCCACAAGUUGUAAUUAUCGGGCCACACUCGCCAAUGAAAACUAUUACGUCGUUCUUAACUCUCCACUGUACAUGUAAAAUAAGAGAACUAAAGAUCCCAUAUACCGUGUGGUUCAGUAAGUCACUCUCGACACUGAAACAAAUUGCCGAACUCCUAAAAGGAAAGGAUUUCGACUUAUGGAAUACCGAAGACCAAAAUCAGAUGGACAAGUUGUACAAAAACGUCCGAAGACAUUUCCACAACUAUAUCACUAUCAAAACAGACGCUUCAAGUUCAACACACAUUGAUAUGGACGAGUUGAACAUCUCUGAAAGCCCUAUAGCUGAAGGAGCAAUGGGUAAAGUCUUUAUAGGUAAUUACCGAAGUGUCCCCGUCGCCAUCAAGCAAUUUAGAUGGGACAACUUGACAGUUGAAGAGAUGAAAGAGUUAAAGAACAGUGUUGUCUCUGAAUGUGAAAUUAUGAGUCGCCUUAGAAAUCCGUUCAUCGCAAAUUACAUGGGCGCAGUUACUUACCUCCCACAAGUCUCUAUGGUCAUUCAAUUCUUCAUCUUGGGAUCACUGGGAGAGUAUAUCAGACCUACUAGUCGAGACUAUGUCAAACUUCCGUAUCGAGUCAAAGUCAAAAUGAUGUUCGACGCAGCUCGAGGGAUGAGGUUCUUACAUGAGAACAAGAUCAUGCACUUGGAUUUCAAGCCAGACAAUUUGCUGGUGAACUCGUUGGACGCAAACAGCGCGUGUUCAGUCAAGAUCACUGAUUUUGGGACGUCGAGAUUUGUCAAGAAGAGUAACUUGGACGAGAAAGGACUUGGGACACCCGUCUAUGCAGCCCCUGAGACUUUCCAUGAUGAGUACACAAACGCGGGUGAUGUCUAUUCAUUCGGCGUGACGGCGUGGGAAAUCUUCCAUGAAGAAGAGCCAUACAAGGAGAUGAAAAGUGUCUUUGAAAUCAAAGGGCAUGUCGAGAAAGGCUUGAGACUUGCAUUUGAUAACAAAGUCCCCGAGUUACUGAAGUUUAUGAUAACAGAGUGUUGGAAACCAGAGCCUUCCGAACGCCCCAAUUUUGAUAAUGUUAUUAAAAUGAUUGUGAGGGUCGAUGACGAUAUAGUAAAUCACUUAGACUUGGACAGCGGCGUGAGCGAAGAGAAGAUCGAAGAGAUCAUUGAACAGCGUGUUUCGCGAAUCAAGUCGCAGUUUAACGAGUUAACAUCAUGA